UUCUAAAGGCAGUUCCGAGACACCAUAUACUUCACAUACCAGUGCUUCAGAGGAUGUAGAUGAAUCGGAAGAAGGCACCACAGUUUUCUAGAUUUGAUGUAAGCCCAAGUGGUGAAUUUACCACGGCUAGGCCAAUUAUCACUAGUCAUGGUGUAGAGGACUAUAGUCCCGUCACGCACUCGGAAGAGUCCACAGCAGGUAGUGGUGAAUCGGCGGGCGAAGAUGAUCAUUCUGGAGGUUAUAUACAUCCUACUAGACCUAUCUAUACACAUACAGUUACUACUUUGGAAACUACCUACACUAUAGAGUACACUACUCCUGUAUCGCCAUAUAGUAAGCCCACCUAUUAUCCCACAUUUGAGAUACCACAUAUCACCACAAGACCGGAAACCGAUAGUCAUAUUUCACCCUCCACCGAGACUGCUGCCCCUGAAGAGUCUGAUGUCACCGCACCUCACGUCAUUAGACCACAUUUUACAACCACAGCAGCACCAUUCUUUACCGAAUACCCCGAAGUAGUGGUCACAACGAAAUAUGUGGGUAUUGUAGCUGGCAGCGGUGGCGUAACAACGACAGUACAACCUUCCUAUGGUCCCAGCUAUACAAUGACUACAACUUCCAGCACGGCUGGCUACGAUUACGAUACAGCUGAAGCAACAUCUCCAGCGCCAGGCAUUUCGGUAACCCUACAUAUUCCCGAAAAUCGUACCUAUACACCCUACACACCCACAACCAUGCCUUCUAUAAUAUACUAUCCCACAACUACUUAUGCUCCCAAAACUGUGGAUUAUGAUACGACACCCUAUCAACCGGAUAUAGGAAUAACAACACAGCACCCCCUUUACACUGACGAUUUAACAGGUCGUCAUAUACCCACCACCUUGGCUCCCGCAUACACCCCACCCGAAUUGCCAAGUUCCACAGUUUCCGUGCCGCCUUUAGUUACGGCAACACCUACAGAAUACAAACCAAUUAUUACCUAUGUGCCACCCACGUUUACACAACCCACCUUUAGAACUACACUAUCACCACCCACCUCGUAUCCGGUACAACCAACAGAAGUGCCACAAACUCCCGUUACACCGAGUUUUAGUACUCAGGCUCCGGUAGUAUCAAAAGCACCAACUACUGAAGCGAGCAGUGAAGAAGAGGAAAGUGCCAAUACUGUGGGAACUGGUGCAGGUGGCACUGGAGUGGAUAGUGAAGCUCAUGCUGAUUGCAUUAAAUAUGGAUGUUAUAAUGGCGGAACAUGUGUUACAACCUCAGAGGGAUCAAGGUGUGUUUGUCGCUUUGAUCGACAAGGUGCUCUCUGUGAAACCCCUAUUGUCAUUAAAAAUGCUGCCUUCUCCGGUGAUUCAUAUGUGUCACAUCGCAUCCACAAGGAUAUACCACAUCAUGAUACAUUGGAUACAGUGUUGCCAAUGCAUGUUCAACUUAAAGUACGCACACGUGCCACCAAUGGUCUCAUAAUGUUAGCUGCCGCACAGGGCACUAAGGGCGGUCAUUAUAUGGCAUUAUUUUUGCAAAAAGGUCUGUUGCAAUUCCAAUUUUCAUGUGGCUUACAGACAAUGCUGUUAAGUGAACUUGAGACUCCAGUGAAUACAGGCCAUGAGAUAACAAUACGUGCAGAAUUGGACUUCAGUCGUAAUUACACCCAUUGUAAUGCUUCUCUAUUAGUUAACGACACUCUGGCCAUGUCGGGUGAUCAGCCUACAUGGUUGAAAUUAUUGCCACCACGUCUACAUACUCCGGACACUAUACUUAAUACAUGGCUACAUUUGGGUGGUGCACCUCAGGCCCCAAUUGGUCUAAUUAUUGAAUUACCACCCUCACAAAGUGGUACCGGCUUUACUGGUUGCCUGCACUCUUUGCGUAUUAAUGAAGAAUCAAGGGAAAUAUUUGGUGACGCCUUGGAUGGUUUUGGCAUAACCGAAUGCGGUUCAUUGGCCUGUCUCUCGAGUCCCUGUCGCAACGGAGCGGCCUGUAUAAAAAUCGAAACAAACGAGAUAGAUGAAAACGGUGACAAGUUAGAGAAAUGGAAAUGUAAGUGUCCCACAGGCUAUAUGGGACCAACAUGCGAGAUAUCAGUGUGUGAAGAUAAUCCCUGUCAGUAUGGAGGAACAUGUGUACAAUUUCCAGGCAGUGGUUAUUUAUGUCUGUGUCCAUUGGGCAAGCAUGGUCACUAUUGUGAACACAAUUUGGAGGUGGCUUUGCCCUCAUUUUCGGGCAGUGUCAAUGGUUUGUCAUCCUUUGUGGCCUACACCGUGCCCAUACCUUUGGAAUACUCCAUGGAAUUGAGUUUCAAGAUUUUACCACAAACCAUGUCACAAAUAGCUUUGUUGGCUUUCUUGGGUCAACCGGGCUAUCAUGAUGAAAAGAGCGAUCAUUUAGCCAUUAGUUUCAUACAGGGUUAUAUAAUGUUGACUUGGAAUUUGGGUGCCGGCCCUCGUAGAAUAUUUACACAAAAGCCUAUUGAUUUUCGUUUGGAUGCUCCACGUGUGCCAUAUGAAAUUAAAGUGGGUCGCAUUGGUCGCCAAGCCUGGCUGUCGGUUGAUGGCAAAUUUAAUAUCACCGGUCGUUCCCCAGGCAGUGUCAGUCGUAUGGAUGUUAUGCCUAUCUUAUAUUUGGGUGGUCAUGAGAUGGCCAAUUUCAAUACAUUACCCCACGAUUUGCCAUUACAUUCUGGCUUUCAAGGUUGUAUUUACGAUGUUCAUCUUAAGGCUGGUCAAGUCACGGUGCCAUUGCAGGAGACGCGCGGUGUACGCGGUAGAGGAGUGGGACAAUGUGGCACCAGAGAAUGCCAUCGACAUGCAUGUCAACAUGAUGGCGCUUGUCUUCAACAUGGAGCGACAUUUACUUGCAUUUGUCAAGAGGGUUGGUAUGGACCAUUAUGCGCCCAGCCUACAAAUCCUUGUGAUUCAUUUAACAAUAAAUGUUCGGACGAUUCUACAUGUGUGCCACUUGUCAACGGAUAUGAAUGUGAUUGUCCUGUCGGUAGAACGGGUAAAAAUUGUGAUGAAGAAAUUCGUGCCCUCAGUGAUGUCAGCUUAACCGGAAGACGUUCUUAUUUGGCCGUAAGAUGGCCAUAUCUCUACGAUAAUUCCGAUAAAAUAGGUGCCAAACGUUCGCAAAUGAUAAGCUAUCGUAAUUUCACCAAAAAACUAAUGCCACCCAAACCCAUCUCAUCAACGAAUCAACAUUUUGUUAUGAAACUACUUAAUGAAGUGGAAAAACAGCGUAGUUUUUCACCCGUACCCCUAAUGGGUUCAAAAUCUUUCGAAGAACAUCAUCGUGUACAAUUCUUCUUUAUAGAAUUCCAAUUAAGACCGCUAUCGGAAAGAGGCCUGCUAUUGUAUUUUGGCACUCUUAACAAUAAUCUAGAUAAGAAAAUCGGCUUUGUUUCAUUGUCUCUGCAAGGAGGUGUAGUGGAAUUCCGUAUAUCGGGACCCAGUAAUCAUGUAACUGUAGUGCGUAGUGUACGUAUGUUGGCUAUAGGAGAAUGGCAUAAAAUUAAAAUGGCUCAACGUGGUAGAUGGUUAACGUUGUGGGUGGAGGGUAGUGCCUCAUCGGCUUUGGCUCCCUCGGCGGAAGUGUUAAUAGAACCAGAUGCUCUUUUGUAUGUUGGAGGUCUUAAGGAUCUAUCGAAAUUGCCUCACAAUGCUAUAUCUGGUUUCCCUAUACCUUUCCGCGGCUGUGUACGUGGUUUGGUGGUGAGUGGCACAAGGAUUGUUUUGAAUGAAACAAAUAUUAUAGAAUCCCGCAAUAUUCGCGAUUGUGAUGGUACUGCUUGCGGCGGUGAUUCCUGUGAAGCUGGUGGCCAUUGUUGGUUAGAUGAAAAGUUACAACCUCAUUGCAUUUGUCCAGAAUAUGCCAAGGGAGAUCGCUGUGAAUAUUCGGAAACUUGCAAGUUAAUACCUUGCAAAAAUAAUGGUCGCUGCUUGAGAAGUGGUCGUUGCUCGUGUCCCAAUGGUUGGGGUGGUUUCUAUUGUGAAAUUGCAUUGAGCAAACCAACAACACCAAGUUUUCGUGGCAACAGUUAUUUGAUCUUGCCACCACCACGCAUUCCCAUGAAAGACAAACGUAAAGGUCCCUCUAUGUACAUACGACCACGAGAAGCUUUACAAAUCUCAUUGAAUUUCUCAACAAUUGAACCGGAUGGUUUGCUAAUAUGGAGUGAACAUGAUCGUAUGAAAUUCUUAGGUUUAGGUUUGGAAAAUGGUCAUCUUAAAAUUGCCAGCAAUUUAUUGGGUUCUGACAAUGAUACGGUAGCAACACCGGCAAGUGGUUUCAUUACCGAUGGCAGUUGGCAUAUGGCUAAGGUAAUAGUGGAUCGUGGCAAAUUGGAAUUGCAAUUGGAUGGUGAAGUGAUAUUUACGGAAAAGUUGGCAUUACAAGAGUUAAUGCAACAGCAACAGCAGCAGAGUUCGAGUACACAGUCGCCGUAUCGAACGAGCAGAAGAAAUUCGUUGGUAACGAGAAGGGGUAAAGAGCCAACGGUUACGUAUGAGGAUAUCUUCUAUGUGGGUGGUUUUCCUAACAUGGAAUCGGUUAGCAAACGUACCCAGGGACGAUAUGAACAACCGUUCAAAGGAUGUCUACAGGACAUACAAUUUGGAGCUGAACCGAAUGCGUUGAUUAAAGAUUUCUCAACAUAUCAAGGUGAAAAUAUUGGCUCCUGUGAUUUACACGGUGACGAGCCCAUUUUAGUGUAGGAUUUGAAACAAAACGAAACAAAAUAUGAUAGAAAAAACAAAGAAAAAAAAAAAAACAUAUUUAAAUAUUAUACAAAUAAACAAAAUAAGAAAGAAAACAUUACUAAAUAUAGAGUAACAAAACAAGAUUAAAUAAAAUAUUGAAAAAAAAAAACGAAGAGGAAAAAGUUAAGAAAAAAUAAUUUUGUAAAUUUUAUAUUAAAAAAAUCUAUUUGGUUUGAAAAAGAAAACUAUAAACUAAAAAUUAUGUUUGUAAUAAUCUUUCAAAAAAAAAAGAAAUGAUAAAAAAUUUUAAAUAAAAAUUAAUAAUAAUAAAAAUUUAGUUUAAACUGUUCUUGAAAGUUAAAAUUAGUGAAAUAAAAAAAGUGCUGAAAAUAAUGGACAACAACAAAAAUAUAAAAAUUUUACAUUAAUAAAAAUUUUUUCAUAAAUUAUUAUAAAAAGAAAACAAACCAAAUUUUAGGAAAUUAAUAACUAAGUGAUAAUAACAACUAAUAAUAAAUUAAUUAAAAAAAAUAUACUUUAAUGUGAAAAAUUAUUUAAAUGGAAAUAAAAAGAAACUAAAUUUUCUUAAACUCAAAUUUAUUUGUGUUCAUUGAAAAACUUUUAAAAAAAAAUCUAAAAUAAAAAAUGUAUUUAUUAUUAUAAACUUUUGUUAUUUUUUAUUUAAUUGUUAAAAUUUUGUUAAAACAAAAUAUUAUGUUAUUACAAAACCAACUUUCUAUUCUAUCUAAUACUCUAAUAUUAAACUGCCCCAAAAAAUCUGCCAAUUUGUUUUGAAUUUUAGUUAAAAAAAUUAGUUUUUAAUUUCUUCUACUAUAUACACAGAGAGAAACAUAAAACCUUUAAACAUUUUGAAAUAAUAUUAAAACAGGAUUCUUUCAAAUGUCCUUCGAUGGACAUACAUUCGUAAAGAUUUUCAUCAUACAUGGGCUUUGCUAGACAUUUGUUAUUCUUAGGGUUAAUACCCCAGAUAUUUCCUAUUGCUCAUCUGCAUGAUUAUAUUUUCAUAUUUAUUGAGUUUAAAAAUUAAUUACUUUUCUUUUUGAUUGCCGCCAAAUUUUCAAAUAUUUCUGCAAUUUUCUCUCCGUGUAUUCCAUUUUCCCGCUUAAUCCUUUCCUUUUUAACUAAUUAAACAAUUUUAUUAAUUCUAAGCCAUUUAGUUGCCUUGUAGCUGUAGAUAAAUACACAAAAAAUAUAUAUACUUUUCAUAAAAAAUAUAAUUUGCCUAUAAUUUUCUAAAUAAAAAAAAAUACUCCCUAAUUAUUUGCAAAAAAGGAAAUCUCUACUAUUCCCUAAUAAAAUUUAAAUUAACACUAAAAGUAAAAAAAACAAAUUCAAAACUAAAAAACCCAUAAAUAUUACAAAUAUAUAAUAAAUUAAAUUGACAAAUACUUAUACAAAACAAAAAUUAUUGAAAAACCAAAAACAAAAAAAAAAAUAUUGAAUAAAAAACGAAACAAAUUUCAAAAUCAUCCAGUUUUGCAUUUUCAUAUAAAAAAAAAAUUCGGCAUAAAACAUAUAAUUUUAGCAUGACUCUAAAAAAACAUUGUAAAUUUUACAACCAAACACCACAUUUAAAAAAAAAUAAUCUAUUUUCCUUAAUUUUCAAUAAAAAUUCUCUACAGUAACUGUAAAAACUCAUCAGCUCACCUUCAACUUAAAGUUUUUAAACUCAAAACUGUCAAAAAUUAACUAAAAAAAAAACUUUUCAAAACCCCCCAAAAACAUUGUGUUAAAAAGACAACUUAGAAAUGGUGUAUAAAAACAAACAUCUUAAAUAAUAAUAAUAAUGUAAUGAAAUUAAAUAUUUAAUAAUAAAAAUUAUAUUUAUAAUAUUGAAAAAUUUAAAACAAAAUAUUGAAACCAAACGAUUUAUGAUUUUAUGUAAAGGCAACUUAGUUAUAUUAUUUUAAAUAAAAAUAAUUAAAAAA